GACAUAAUGUCAGCCUCCAUGAAAAUAUGAACCAAAAUGCAAUAAGACUUAUUUAUCGCAUCAAAAUGUAAUGCUGACGAUAUCAUUAAUAACUUAAUAGUCAAGGGGUGCGCACAUAUCAAAAUGCUUCUGAAAUCAAUAUUAAGGUCUGUAAGUGCACACACUGUAAGAAGAUCUGCCAGACUACUCUUCAGCAAAACAGGAAAAUGGGAAAAAUUAGACAAGGAGAAAAAAUUGGAGAUAGAAGACCACUGGAAAGACAAGAUAAGAGCUUUAGAUGAGGAGAUGAAAAAUAGCAAACUGGGAGACCGAGAAAAACAUUAUGUUGUGUCUAUGUUUCCUUACCCAAGUGGCAAGCUACAUAUGGGACAUAUACGUGUCUAUACCAUCAGUGACGUCAUGGCUCGCUACUUCACGCUUCAAGGAAAAUCUGUGAUCCAUCCUAUGGGUUGGGAUGGCUUCGGUCUUCCAGCUGAGAAUGCUGCAAUUGAGAGAGGGAUACAACCUGAGAAUUGGACAUACAGUAAUAUCCGCCAUAUGAAACAGCAACUCAAAGAAAUGUGCUACAGCUUUGACUGGGACAGGGAAGUAACGACAUGUAGCCCCACCUAUUAUCGCUGGACACAGUAUAUAUUUCUACUAAUGUACAAGGCUGGGCUUGCUUACCAGAAAGAUGCAGAAGUCAACUGGGACCCAGUUGAUGAGACUGUACUUGCAGAGGAACAGAUUAAUGGUGAUGGAAAAUCAUGGAGAUCUGGUGCUAAAGUUGAGAAGAAAAUGUUACGUCAGUGGUACAUCAAAACAACUAAAUAUCACAAGUCAUUGCUUGAAGGAUUGGAUACUUUAGACCCCUUGCACUGGAAGGAUGUUAUAGCAAUGCAGAGGGAGUGGCUUGGACCACAUGGGGAAUACAGAAUCUCAGUACCCUUAAAGGACAAGGAAGGUAAUCCAGCACCAGAGGGGUUAACCGGUCAUAUAGAGGAUACUGUUGACUUUGAAAGUCUUAGGUGGAUUGUUCUCAGCCCCAAUCAUCUUUUGAACACUCCAAAUAACGUUAAAGAGGCUAAUGGUGUGUUGACAACACUCAAUCUAACAACGUUACACAAAAAUAGAUGGGAUGAAGAGGUCCCCAUAUAUGUAGUUGAUGAUAUUGAACUGUUUAGGAAUGGUGAAGAAUUACAUUUAGGGAUCGGAUGCCUUCCAUUUUGUCAUGAAGAUUUCAAUAAAACCAGAUUAUUACCAGGAAAAGAUGAUAGUCUGCCAUGUACUUCAAAAAAGUUGAACACUUCUGAUAUGAGCCAUGAUGUUGAAUGCUAUCCAUGUAGUAAAAAUUUGAGAGAUUGGUUGAUUUCCCGGCAACGAUAUUGGGGAACACCCAUUCCCAUAAUACACUGCAAAACUUGCAAGGUGGUGCCUGUCCCCUUUGAAGAUCUGCCAGUUGAGCUCCCUAAGGUGAUGUCACAUGGUAGAGGCCAGUCAGCCUUGAAGCUUGCCAAUGAUUGGAUUCACACUACAUGUCCCAAGUGUGGUGGCUCAGCUGAAAGAGAAACUGACACAAUGGACACAUUCUUAGACUCAUCCUGGUACUUUCUACGGUACCUGGAUGCUACUAACACAUCUGAACCAUUUGCCAAAAAUGUAGCAAAACAAGGCAUGCCUGUUGAUCUUUAUAUAGGUGGAAAAGAACAUGCUGUGCUGCAUUUGUAUUAUGCCAGAUUUUUCAACCAUUUUCUACAUGAUAUGGGUCUAGUGGGAUGUCGUGAACCCUUCACUAAACUCCUCACCCAAGGCAUGAUUCAGGGGAGAACAUACCAAUGCCCCACCACUGGGCGCUAUCUCAAGCCGGAUGAGAUUGAAUUUAAAGGUAAAGAUGCCUAUGUGAUUGGAGGGGACCGGCCAUUGGUAGUAGGAUGGGACAAGAUGUCAAAGUCAAAAUACAAUGGAGUUGAUCCACAGGAUGUGUUGUCAGAGUAUGGUGUUGAUACGACAAGGCUCUGCAUUCUCUCAAAUGUCUCCCCAAAGUCUGAUAGACAGUGGACUGAUGAACAGUUUAAGGGAGUAAACAAUUGGCAAAAGAAGAUGUGGAAUUUGGUUGCAACUUAUGUUGAGAACAGGGCAAAUGCCAUUGAUCCCAUGCCUGCAAAGGAAACUGAAGAGUUUAAAAAGGCAGAGAAAAUAAUGAAUGAAACGAGAAAUAAACUGCUUGGGGAUAUAACCUUCCAUUUUCAUCACACAUUCUUGCUUAGUUCUGCAAUUUCUCGCAUGCACCAAUGGACAGGCUUACUGAAGAAACAGAAACCAGAAGUGGCCACUUACAGUUCAGAAUAUGAGAGAAUGCUUUCAGAGUUGGUUGUCAUGGUAGCACCAAUGGCACCUAUGUUUGCAAGUGAAUUAUGGGAAGGGAUGAAAUCAGCCAAUCAUAUCUCAAAUUGUCAGGAUUGGGAAUCGCCUGUGCUAAGUCAAAAUUGGCCAAAGAUUGAUGAAACAGCCAAUGGCCAUUUAUACAUAAGUGUUUUAAGAAAUGAAGUUGACACUAUACCAAUUCCAAUGUACAAAAUGGAAGCUAUGACUAACAAAGAAAUUCAGGAACUCGCUUUUCAAUCUAAAAGACUCAGGAAAGUAUUGGACAAUAACAACAUAUCCUGGAAUAAGUCAGAUCAAGAGUAUACUAUUGCACAAGAUUUGGAUAAUUCAAAAAAGUUGACCAUUUCUGUUGAAAGAAUACCAGGAUGCAGCACCCGGGGCAGCACUCGAGGAUUGCAUGUCGCCACUUCCAAAGGACAUCGAAUAUCGGCUAGUAAUCACAAGCUGUAUUUAGCAUUUGCUAAAAGAAGCCCAUUGUUGUGUCAAACCAACUUGGCUGGAACUAGGCCCAAGUCAAACUUAAAUCGACGUUUCGCCACCAAGACAAUCGAUGAAGACGAACCUUAUAGGAACGUUGCUCAGAUUGGUGAACGUACCUGGAAAAUAGACGAGAUAGAUGUAUUAGGCGAACGUCCAAUAUUGUAUGCCAUCAAAGGACAUGAUAAGACCAUUCUUGUAGAUACAGGCCUGGCUACUGGCGAUUAUAAAGCAUUCUUAAGAUCCCAACCUGAGCUCUCCGAUCUCCCCUACACGAUAAUAAACACUCAUGCUCACUGCGAUCAUAUAUCCAGCAACUUUCGAUUUUCCCCGCCAGAGGGCCCUGUUAGUGAUGUCAAUGAUCUUUGCAUGGGAUCAGCUGAUAAAGAUUUCAGCCUGGGUCAUCAAGAUGCAGUGUUGGACCCUUCCCUGGGAUACCUCAUGAAUGCCGUGCCAAAACCGUUUAAGAUUACAAAAUGGCUGGCUGAAGGUGAUAUGGUGUAUUUAAAUGAUGCUGAACCAAAUCCACAUGAAGCUCUACACGUUGUGAAUCUUCCUGGUCAUACACCUGAUUCUAUUGGUUUGUACAUGCCGUGUGGAAAACGUAUAUUUGUCGGUGACCUCAUCUAUAGAAAUGCUGCUAUAUUGUUGUUUCUAAGAGGCACGGAUUUUCAAGUUUGGCGUUCAAGUGUUCACAAGUUGAAGACGUUUGUAGAAGAACGUGAUGGUUUGGAAAACACAACCUUGUCGUGUGCACAUAUUGAUCCUAACCUCCCUGCUACCGAAUUAAAUGAACUUGUGCAAUUUUGUGAUGACAUUGAUUUGGGAAAGAAUCUUCCACACGAAGUGACCAGGAAGUACUUAGUAAAUAAAGACCUUGGGUACAUCAAGGACGAAUGGGGGGUUGUGGAGUGGAAAUCUUCGUCGGGUAAUUAUGAGGUGUUAGCAACAAGAGAUUUUUCUGUCAUUGACUACUAGCUUGGAUUACCAAGGUAUGAAAAUCUCAUGAUUGAACCUGACUUUUACCCGAAAGCUAGUUUAUAUUUUAUAUUUGCGAGUCGUAUGCUUACUGCACUGGUGAUCCAAAGCUCGAUUA